AGAUGACAGAGACCCUGGAGGUCUGAGCUGAUGUUCAGAUAAAACGGUCCGGGUGUUUUUGUCAGAGUGGGCCCUCUGUGUCCACACAGGAUCCGGGUCCGGGCCCCUUUAAACCCGGAUCCAGACGCAGAUCCAGCCGCUCUUUGUGCGCCACGGGCUGCGCCGCGUUUCCUUUAAGAUGAUGUCGGACCCGUUUCAGCCUGGUUUCUGCUUCUGCUCUAAUGUCGAACCGGGACUGAACCGGGCGGACCGAGGCUGACCGGAGCCCAGACGGACCGGACCGGACCGGACCCCCACAGCCCGGUCCGGGACCAGCAGGACCCCCGUGUCCUUGCGUUCAGGAGUCAAAGGCACGGUUGGCCGUCUGCGGGUCGCUCCGGACAUGUCCCCCGGCUCCGGGAGGGACCGGCGGCGUCGAGGCGCACAGGACACCGGGGGACUGCGGUGGAUCUAGUCCGGUUCCGUCCGGACCGAGAACCGGGGCUGUAGGACUGCGCCACACGGAUCCGGAUUUCCACAGGGACUUUUCCAGAUCCUCCAGAACUCCAGACCUUUAACCUCCAGACCAUGACGUCUCCGGACUCUCCCCCUCUGGUGUCCCCGUCCCCGUGCCCCGCCCCCCCUCCGUCCCUGCCCUCCUCCCCCGUCCCCUCGUCCCCGGCGCCGUCGUCCUCGUCCCUCCCCGUCCCGCCGUCGCUGCCCCCCACCGGUGAGGUGAUGGUCCUGGCUCUGGGGCGGAAGAAGCAGCGGGUGUUGAUCGCCCUCUCCAUCCUGCCCAACCUCUUCCUGGCCUUCCUUCUGUCCUCCGACGCCCUCAUCACGCUGUCCCCCCCCCACCACUGCCACCUGCCGGGCCCCUCGCCACUGCCCGUCGACGUCCUCAACGCCUCCCUGCCCUGGGUGAAGGGGGACCGGCCCGGGGACGCCGGGGGCCCGUCCCAGUGUAAACAGUACGCCAACGGCAGCCAGUCGGCCGUGGUGGACUGUGAGGCCGGGUGGGACUACAACGUCACAGAGGGGCUGAGGAACAACAUCGUGACCGAGUGGGAUCUGGUCUGUGCUCAGUACUGGCUGGUCCCGGUGGAGGAGGUCUGCUUCAUCCUGGGGGUCCUGACCGGAUGUCUGGGUCUGGGCUACGCCGCCGACAGACUGGGCAGGUCUAAGACCCUCCUGACCUCAUUGACCUUGUCCGUGGUCUUUGGCGUCCUGGUCUGUGUUUCGCCGUACCCGUCCAUCUUCAUCGUCAUGCGUUUCUGUUUGGCGGCUGCGAGUGCGGGUGUCUACCUCACUCUGUACAUCAGCCGUCUGGAGCUGUGUGAGCCGUCUCUCCGCCUGGUCGUCACCAUGUUGGCCGGGCUGAUGACGGUGGCUGGUGAGCUGCUGCUGCUCGCCGUGGCGUUGGGCUGCCAGUCCUGGAGGGGCCUCCUGGGGGCCGGAGCGGCGCCGCUAACGCUCUUCCUCAGUUAUGGUAUUCCUGGAGUUUUCCCAGAGUCUCCUCGCUGGCUCCUCCUCUCUGAACGAUCUGGAGACAUGAACUCCUUCAGUGAGAGGAGAAACUCCAACCGGGACAUUCGGGAUGACGAGAGUUUCACAGAGCUGGAUUCGGAGCCGUCGUCCCCCCCCUCGCGGCCCCACCUGUCCUUCCCGGAGCUUUUCCACAGCAGGAACAUCUGGAAGAACAUGUGUGUGCUCGGCUUCACCUCAUUCAUCUCUCACGGCAUCAGUCACUGUUACAGCUCCUUCCGGGGUGACGUCAGAGGCACCGCCCCCAGCUUCUACUGGACCUACCUGCUGUCUGUCUGCGCGGGGGGCGGAGCCUGGCUGUUGCUGUGGGCGACCGUCGACAGGUGCGGUCGCCGUGGCAUCCUGCUCCUCGCCAUGACGAUGACGGGGCUGGCUUCUUUGAUCCUCCUGGGACUCAUGGAGUACCUCAGUGAGACGGCCAUCACCGUGUUCUCAGUGCUCGGCCUCUUCUCGUCCCAGGCCACGGCGUCGCUCUGCAUCCUCUUCACUGCAGAGAUCAUGCCCACCAUCAUCAGGGGCAGCGGCGUGGGGGCGGUGCUCGCCCUGGGCUGCGUGGGCCGCCUCAGCUCGCCCCUCAUGGACCUGAGGAACCACUACGGCUACUUCCUGCACCACGUGGUCUACUCGUCUCUGGCCCUGCUGGCGGUGCUGUCCAUCCUGCUGCUGCCCGAGAGCAAGAGGAAGCCGCUGCCGCAGACGCUGGCCGACGGCGAGCAGUACCGACGCCCCCCGCUGGGCAGGAGGAGGCGGGACAAUGUGCCUCUGCUGGCCACGCCCAACCCAGAGACCUGAACAACCAGCUAGAACCAGAACUUUAGCAUCUGUCACGUCCAUACGGAGGACUGAGCAAUAUAAGGCCGAGACGGCGGGGACAGAUGACGGACGCUGGGCAUGGGUCUUACCAGACACUCCAGGCUUCUGAACAUAUCAUCAUCGCAUUUCAGUCGAACUGCCAUCCAAUCAUGUUUGUCGGUUUCCUGCCACGGAAACAAAUGCAUACCAUAUUUCCUCAAAUAUCUAGACCACAGGUGUCAAACAUGCGGCCCAGGGGCCAAAUCCGGCCCACCAAAGGGUCCAGUCUGGCCCUUGGGAUGAAGUUGUGAAAUGCAAAAAUUACACAAAGAUAUUAACAAACAUUUUAG